AUGAGUGAUCUUAAGGUGGUAGUAAAGACACUAACGACAACGGGGAAAGAAGGAGGAACCUCUUCCAUAAAGUGUCCUAUACUAAACUCGACCAACUACACCGUAUGGUCUAUGAGAAUGAAAAUUCUCCUAAAGGUGCAUAAGGUCUGGGAGAUUGUAGAAACUGAAGUGGAGAACGAUGAUAAGAACGACAUGGAAAUGGUGGGAGAGCUAAAUACGGCGAAGAAAGUUUGGGAUGCAAUCAAGACCAGACAUGUUGGGGCAGACAGCGUAAAGGAGGCUCGAUUGCAAACACUAAUGGCGGAGUUUGAUCGUCUAAAGAUGAAAGAUACCGAGAAGAUAGAUUAUUUUGUCGGUAGACUAGCUGAGAUAACAUCAAAAUCUGCUGCUUUGGGAGAAGAAGCCGGUGAACCUAAACUAGUUAAGAAGUUUCUGAAGUGUCUUCCACGGAGAAAGUUUAUUCAUAUGGUGGCUGCGUUGGAGCAGUUAUUGGAUCUCAAUACAACAAGCUUUAAGGAUAUUGUGGGGCGUCUUAAAGCAUAUAAGGAGCGUAUUUCAGAGGAUGAUGAUGAUCAGGAAGAUCAGGGAAAGUUAAUGUAUGCAAAUAUGGAUGCUCAAUCAAACCGAGGGAACUUGGAAUCACAGUCAAACCGUGGUUUAAUUGGUGAUAGCAGAUACAGAGGUCGUGGAGGAAGGUGUGAUAAGGUAGGUCACUACGCGAGUGACUGUCCUGAUCGUCUUCUUAAGCUUCAAGAGACACAUGAAGCUGAGAAAGACGAUACUCAAGAAGCUGAAGAUCUCAUGCUUAGCGAGAUAGUGUCCUUAUACGAAUAUGCAGUAAAGCUUAUGCUGAACGAGGUAGUGUUCCUCAACGAGGAAAAGGUGGUGCCAAGCAAGUACGAAGCAGUAAAUGGAGAUGACAUCUGGUACCUUGACAAUGGAGCCAGUAAUCAUAUGAGUGGAGACAGGAGAUUUGGUGACGACUCUCGUAUUGAUAUUAAAGGAAAAGGAUCUAUAGAGUUUGUAGACAGAAACGGAGAACCAAGGAAGAUCGUCGAUGUUUAUUACAUUCAUGGUUUAAAGAGCAACAUCAUCUCUUUAAGACAAGCCAUGGAGUCUGGAUGUGAAGUAAGGAUGAAGGACGAGAAUCUUACAAUGUAUGAUCGCGCUGGGAAAAUAAUUGCUAAAGCCAUUAGGUCGAGAAACCGACUAUACAAAGUCCGAAUGCAGAUAAGAGAGACGAUGAGCCUACUAACAACGACGAUUAGUGAAUCUAUCAUGUGCAUUCGAGGCUUGGACACAUAA